AUGACUUCAAUUUAUGGGUUUGACAAGAUUGAAAGAGAUGUUGAAAAGGCAAUUCCAAAUAAGAGGCCACCAACUGCUCAAUUAAACACUGAAUUACCAUUAAAGAAACCAUUACUGAAAUUUAUCCACGAUUAUGCAAAGGAGAAAUUACCAAUUGAAGCAUUUAAUCAUUCAGUUAGAGUUUAUCUAUAUAGUUUAGCUAUUAUUCAUGAUCAAUUUCCAGAUUGGAAAUUAGAUCAUGAAGUUAUUUUUGUCACUAGUUUAUUACAUGACAUUGGUACAACAGAUCAUAAUUUAAAAGCAACUAAAAUGUCAUUUGAAUUUUAUGGUGGUAUAAUAAGUAGAGAUUUGAUUUUAAAGCAAACGGAUUGUAAUCAAGAGUUUGCAGAUGCUGUUACUGAAGCGAUUAUAAGACAUCAAGAUCUUGGUGAAUCUGGAUAUAUUACUACAUUGGGUUUAAUUUUACAAAUUAGUACAAUUUUAGAUAAUGUUGGUAAAAAUACUGAUUUAAUUCAUAAAGAUACAUUAAAUGUAAUCAAUAAGAAAUAUUCAAGAGAAGGUUGGUUAUCUUGUUUUGCUAAUGUUAUUGAAAGUGAAAAUAAGCUAAAACCAUGGAGUCAUACUACAAGUUUAGGUAUAAAUGAUUUUAAAAGUGGUGUCUUAGGAAAUAAAGUUAACUAUGAGAAAUUAUAA